AUGGGAGUUACCGGAAGUGGCAAGAGCACAUUCAUCUCGCAGCUUGUAGAGCAACAAGUUCCAAUCGGUCAUGGUCUGAGAUCUCUUUAUGGCAACAUACAUCUCAUCGACACGCCGGGGUUCGACGACACAGUUACCUCCGACACCGAUGUCCUCAAAAACAUUGCCGCCUACAUGAGCGGGAGCUACAAACAAGGCACGCGACUUACGGGGGUAAUCUACAUGCACAGGAUAACCGACAACCGCGUCAGCGGCUCUUCGGGAAGGAGCAUCAACAUGUUCAAGAAGCUCUGCGGCGACGACGCGUACAAGCAUGUCGUACUUACGACGAGCAUGUGGGGUGACGAAGAGAACGAUGCGGCUAAAGUCCGCCGGGAGACCGAGCUCAAGGCAGACGAAGGGUUCUGGGGUCUGAUGAGAUCUGGUGGAAGUAAGGUGAUGCGGUGGAAGAAUGACAGUUCGUCCGCUUCCGCUGUCGUGGAGCACCUUCUUCAAUGCCGACAGAUCUACGGCCUGCCUACGCUGCAGAUACAACGGGAGUUGGUGGAGGAGAAUAGGGAUCUGGAAGACACGUCCGCGGGUCAAGAGGUUGGGAGGGAGUUGCUGGAAGCGAGGAAGAAAAUGUUGCAGGAUGUUCAAGACCUGAAGAAAGAGCACCGGGAUGCUUUACGGACGAGGGACUACGAGCUAGCUGAGAAGCUCCAAAAUCAGAAACAAGAGAUGGAAAGCAAAUUGCGGAAGGCUGAGGAAGCCCAGAAAGCGCUUAGAGUCGACUUGGAACAGCUGUUGCGAGAGAAGACCGAGGAGUUUGAAAAGAAGAAGCACAAGGAACUCCGAGAUCAAGUGGCUGAGGCCGAUGAGCUUGCAGCCAAACGCGAUAAGGAGCUUAAGAAACUGAACGAAGACCUGGCACAAUCCGAGGUCUCUUACCAGGAGCUGAGGAAGGAGUUUGCCGCGGACCGUAAGAAGAUGAGUGAGAGGGACGUCAAAAGGGCCAAAGAACUUGCCGAGUAUGAGAAGAGCCUGAAGGAUCAGUAUGAGCAGGAUAAGCAGGAUAAGCAGGACAGUCUGCGUCGGCAACAGGAGCUGGCGCAAGAGAUCGAAAAGGCAAAGAGUCGGAAGAACUUGCUGAUGGCCCUGGUACCAUCUGUGCUCGGCGCUGGAGUCAUAGGCUUGGGUAUAGUCACCGCAAACCCGGCUCUGGUGAUUUCGGGUGGAGGACUGAUUUCAGGUGCAGCUGCUGGAGGUGCUGUGGGCAUGUCUUGA